UCAAGCCUUUGAAAAAAUCCCAUUUCUUCAAUCUUUCCCUCUGUCUUUCAACAACAAAAACUUUUAGUUCAUUCAUACAAAAAUCUUUCUUUUUGAAGAAAAUAAAUGGUUGGUGUUGUUGGAAGAAUCAUUUAGCGGUGGCUUUCAUUCAUCGAUCCUUAUGCUGAACAAAAAUGGUGUUCAAAAACAAGCUCUUCUUUUCCUCUUCAAAGAAAUCGGAUUCCUCCAGUGCCGAUGGAUCGAACAGCCCUCGAUCUGCUUCCAAUUCCCCCAUCCGGUCCGACAAGAAGAAACCCAAAGCUUCUACUUCAAAGCUCGACUCCCAACACACCCCCAGUCCCCCUUCCACCUCCCUUUCCAGUCCCUUUGCUUGCAAGCAACCCCAAGUCAAAGAUGGACUUAGAAGCAAAGACCUCAAACCCAAACAACUCCAACCCCAAACCCCACCUUCUAAGCCCUCUUCUUCUGUUACUGCGUCCAAGAAGCCCGAUGUCAAGGACGGGGCCUCCUCUGAGUCGCCUCUUCUGGCCUCUUCCUUGGGGUUGAAUCGGAUUAAAACCCGCUCCGGCCCCUUGCCGCGGGAGACAUUUUUCAGUUUCCGAGGUGAGAAAAGUGCCGCGGCCUCUGUGCUCGGAGCCAGUAACUUGUCGAAGCCUGGAAGUUCACGUAUUGGUGGUGGCGGCGGCGGCAAUAGUACUUCCUCGAAAUCCGGGAAGAAAGACGGGUUGAACAAGAGGCUGGUGCCAGAGAGUUUGCCUGAUAAUGUGGGUAAUCGGAAUACUAUGUCUACUGGAAACGGUGGUGGUGGUGGUGGGUGGAACUCAAGAGAGCAGAGUCCCGGAGUACAAGGGAAGUCCCGGUUGCAAGACGGGGAAUCAUCUUCAGAAGCUGGGCGAAACGAGUCAUCAUUGGGCCACUCUGGAGGGUUAAAAAGUUCAGAUUUUCAUACACCAGAGACUUCACAUGAUUGUGAAAACCCAAAAGAAUCUGAAUCUCCCCGUUUUCAAGCUAUCCUUCGUGUUACAAGUGGUCCUCAGAAGAGGUUUCCUGCCGAUAUUAAGAGCUUUUCGCAUGAAUUGAAUUCCAAAGGCGUACGACCUUUUCCAUUUUGGAAACCUCGACGCUUAAACAACUUGGAGGAAGUCUUGGUUGUGAUUCGAGCAAAAUUUGACAAAGCAAAGGAGGAAGUGAACUCUGAUCUGGCUGUUUUUGCUGCAGAUUUGGUUGGAAUUCUAGAAAAAAUUGUCGACAGUCAUCCUGAGUGGCAGGAAACCAUUGAGGAUUUGCUGGUUUUGGCUCGAAGCUGUGCUAUGACACCACCCGGAGAGUUUUGGCUCCAGUGUGAAGGCAUUGUUCAGGAGUUAGACGAUAAGCGUCAAGAACUCCCUCCAUGCGUGCUAAAGCAGCUUUAUACCCGGAUGCUUUUCAUUCUCACAAGGUGUACUAGAUUGUUGCAGUUCCACAAAGAAAGUGGGUUGGCUGAGGAUGAAACUUUUAUACAACUUCGCCAAUCUAGAGUCCUGCAUCCUGUAGAUAAGAAAAGUUUUUCAGGCGUGCUAAGAGAAGCAAAAGGUUUGAGUUCAUCAAAGGCAUCAAAAGCAGCCUCAUCGAAGAAAUCUUAUAGUCAGGAGCAACAUACUUUGGAUAGGAGUAAGGAACAUGUUGGCCUGCCUGGAGGUUUUGUUGCUCCCAUUGAUGACACUCCAAAGAACUUGGAAUCUCCUGCAAGCAGAGACAGGAUAGCUUCUUGGAAGAAACUCCCAACUCCAGUCAGAAAAGGUCCAAAGGAAGCUAGUCAAGCUAUUGUUAUCAAGGAGCAGAAUAGUAGUAUGAUUGAAACUUUGAAAAGAACAGGAGCCUCCGAUGUAGACAUGGCUUCUGUUAAACUUCAGGGGCUUCCUGCUGCAAAAGAAUCUCAAGGGCAGUCUUCUAAGCAUCAACACAAAGCUUCUUGGGGUUAUUGGGGAGAUCAACCUAAUGUUUCUGAAGAAAGUUCUAUAAUAUGCCGCAUUUGUGAGGAGGAGGUUCCCACCUCAAAUGUGGAAGAUCACUCAAGAAUAUGUGCAGUUGCUGAUCGAUGUGAUCAGCAUGGUUUAAGUGUUGAUGAACGUCUUGUAAGAAUUGCUGAAACACUUGAGAAGAUGGCAGAUUCCUUUGCUAAUAAGGAUAUCCAACACUUAGGGAGCCCAGAUGUUACAAAAGCAUCAAAUUCAAGUGUAACUGAAGAAUCCGAUGUUCUAUCUCCUAAACUAAGUGAUUGGUCAAGGAGAGGUUCAGAAGAUAUGCUUGAUUGUUUCCCUGAAGCUGAUAAUUCAGUUUUUAUGGAUGACCUUAAGGGUUUGCCUUCCAUGUCAUGUAGAACUCGCUUUGGUCAGAAGUCUGAUCAAGGAAUGACAACAUCAUCUGCCGGAAGCAUGACUCCUAGAUCUCCUAUAGUGACACCAAGAACUAGUCCAAUAGACUUGUUAUUGUCUGGCAGGGGUGCUUUCUCUGAGCAAGAGGAUCUUCCACAGAUGAAUGAACUUGCUGAUAUUGCCAGAUGUGUAGCAAAUACGCCAUUGGUUGAUGAUCGUUCCAUGCCAUAUUUGCUAUCUUGUCUUGAAGACUUGAGACUCGUCAUAGACCGCAGGAAAUUCGAUGCACUUACGGUAGAAAUAUUUGGGGCACGCAUUGAGAAACUGAUAAGGGAGAAGUACUUGCAGCUUUGUGAGCUAGUCAACGAUGAAAAGGUUGAUAUAACAAGUACCAUUAUUGAUGAGGAUGUUCCUUUAGAGGAUGAUGUGGUUCGUAGUUUGAGAACUAGCCCUGUUCAUUCAUUUAAGGACCGUACCUCCAUAGAUGACUUUGAGAUAAUAAAACCAAUUAGUCGUGGAGCAUUUGGACGCGUUUUCUUAGCUAAAAAGAGAACAACGGGGGAUCUUUUUGCUAUUAAGGUUCUAAAGAAAGCAGAUAUGAUUCGUAAGAAUGCAGUUGAAAGUAUAUUAGCUGAGCGCGAUAUUUUGAUUUCAGUCCGCAACCCAUUUGUGGUUCGAUUUUUCUAUUCAUUUACUUGCCGUGAGAAUUUGUAUCUUGUGAUGGAAUAUCUAAAUGGAGGAGAUCUAUAUUCAUUGUUGAGAAAUUUAGGUUGCUUGGAUGAAGAGGUUGCUCGUGUAUACAUAGCAGAAGUAGUGCUUGCCUUGGAGUAUUUACAUUCUCUGCAUGUGGUUCAUCGAGAUUUGAAGCCUGAUAAUUUGUUGAUUGCACAUGAUGGUCAUAUCAAGUUGACAGAUUUUGGGCUUUCAAAGGUUGGUCUCAUCAACAGCACUGAUGAUUUAUCUGGUCCAGCAGUUAGUGGUACAUCUCUACUCGAUGACGAGCAGCCUCAGUUAUCUGCAUCUGAGCACCAGCAAGAAAGGCGGAAGAAACGGUCUGCUGUUGGUACACCUGACUAUUUGGCACCAGAGAUCCUUUUGGGAACAGGACAUGGUGCAACUGCGGAUUGGUGGUCUGUAGGUGUCAUUUUAUUUGAACUGAUUGUUGGGAUUCCACCCUUCAAUGCAGAACAUCCACAAACAAUAUUUGAUAAUAUUCUCAACCGCAACAUACCUUGGCCAAGUGUGCCAGAUGAAAUGAGCCUAGAAGCACAUGAUCUAAUUGAUCGACUGUUGACGGAAGAUCCCAAUCAGAGACUUGGAGCCAGAGGAGCAUCAGAGGUGAAGCAGCAUGCAUUUUUCAAAGAUAUCAAUUGGGACACACUUGCAAGGCAAAAGGCAGCCUUUGUUCCCAGUUCAGAGAGUGCACUCGAUACUAGUUACUUUACUAGUCGCUACUCGUGGAAUCCUUCUGAUGACCAUGCAUAUCCCGGUAGUGAUCUCGAUGACUCCAGCGAUGCUGACAGUUUAAGUGGCAGCAGUGGCUACCUGAGCAACCGCCAGGAUGAAGUGCAGGGAGAUGAAUGUGGAGGUCUGGCUGAAUUUGAGUCCAGUUCACCCUUGAACUAUUCUUUCAGUAAUUUCUCAUUUAAGAAUCUGUCCCAGCUCGCGUCUAUUAAUUAUGACCUGCUUUCUAAAGGUUGGAAGGAUGAUCCUCCGGCAAAUUCGAAUGCAUAGGGUGCUCCUCUUCUUAGUGAGAGCUCCGUUUUAUUUUUUUCACAUUAGAUUGACGUGGUAUCAUUUAAGGAGCCUCGUCAUCGGUGCUGUUUGUGAAGACUGUACAUAGAUGGAAGAAAACUUGGGAUUGUAACCGUUUUGGGAUGUGCUGUUUUCGUAGGUAAACGACUGGUACUCGGAUUUCGACUCCGAUAACCUUGAUGAGCCAUAAUUUUACAUGCUGCAAUGGCGGUAUGAUCUUUUGGCUGAUGGUGUGACUUGUGAUCUCUCUCUAUACUCGUCAGUGUUGUGAAAACACAGCCUCUAUGUUCCAUUCAAAAGGGCUUCUUGAUAAGUUGUAGUUUUGGCAUUGUAUGGUGGUAAAUGUCAGUUCUAAGCAUAUAUUGAGAUGGCCCCAAAUAUAUCAUAUGAAUUUUUAGGCCCCUAAAAGUAGUAGUCCAUGCCAUUAUCACAUUAUGUGUAAAAUAAUUUCUUAUACCAAAAAGUGAAGUUUUUCUCAUGUGAUAGAAUUGAAUGAGAUUUUUUUUUAUGAUAAAUUAUUUUAUUUUUCA